AUAUUCCUCUCCCAUCCACCAGCCCGACCUCCACACCACUCUUUGCCAGCGGCACCAGCAGAAUUCUCCACUCCGAAUACCUUCAUUUCUCUCGCAAUGGCUAAAGGCGAUGUCGUCCAGGCGGACAAGUCGUUCAUGGGCAUGCCCGGCUUCGUGGUCGAUUUCUUGAUGGGUGGUGUCUCUGCCGCCGUCUCCAAGACCGCCGCCGCUCCCAUCGAGCGUAUUAAGCUCCUCAUCCAGAAUCAGGAUGAGAUGCUCAAGUCUGGUCGUCUUGACCGCAAGUACAACGGUAUCGCGGACUGCUUUAGGCGAACCUCGCAACAAGAGGGUGUUCUCUCCCUGUGGCGUGGUAACACUGCCAACGUCAUCCGUUACUUCCCCACCCAGGCCCUGAACUUCGCCUUCCGUGAUACCUACAAGUCCAUGUUCGCCUUCAAGAAAGAGCGUGAUGGCUACGCCAAGUGGAUGAUGGGCAACUUGGCCUCUGGUGGUGCCGCCGGUGCUACUUCGCUGCUCUUCGUCUACUCCCUCGACUAUGCCCGUACUCGUCUUGCCAACGAUGCUAAGGAUGCCAAGACUGGUGGUGCCCGCCAGUUCAACGGCCUCGUCGACGUUUACAAGAAGACUCUCGCCUCCGAUGGUAUUGCUGGUCUCUACCGUGGUUUCAUGCCUUCUGUUCUUGGUAUCGUCGUCUACCGUGGUCUCUACUUCGGCAUGUACGACUCCAUCAAACCCGUUGUUCUCGUCGGCCCUCUCGAGGGUAACUUCUUGGCCUCCUUCUUGCUCGGUUGGACUGUCACUACUGGUGCUGGUAUCGCUUCCUACCCUCUCGACACCAUCCGUCGUCGUAUGAUGAUGACUUCUGGUGAGGCCGUCAAGUAUAAGUCUUCGAUGGAUGCUGCCCGCAAGAUCAUCGCCGCUGAGGGCGUCAAGUCUCUCUUCAAGGGUGCUGGUGCCAACAUCCUCCGUGGUGUCGCCGGUGCUGGUGUGCUCUCCAUCUAUGACCAAGUCCAGCUGAUCCUCUUCGGCAAGAAGUUCAAGGGUGGAUCUGGUUAAGCGCCUCUCCAUCCUCCGAUACCCGAUAUGCUGGAACGAUGUGGUGGAGGGAGAUAAUUGUUGUUGUGGUGAGUUGGGCUUGAGGGGAGGGGUAGCGAGUGGUAGCGAGUGGUAGACUGGACAGAGCAAUAAGAAGCCCGUCGGGGUAGAAGAUUGCUCUAGUUAACGAAAAGCACGAUGGAGGUGAUCCACACGCCCUGUACUUUAUCCUUGCCUGGCAAAUCUUUUUCCCUCUCAGCACUCUGUAUUACACAACGGCACCUCGGCUUGCAUUGCUUUGUCUAUUUGCCUCUUUCCUUCAGUGUCUCUGUCGUUUGGGGAUGGUGGGGGAAAUAGUAGUCCAUAGAAGUCUGGGUUUUCUUUAUCAUUCGCUAAUGCUA